ACAGUCACCUGGCCCCCGCAGGUGGGUGGGGUGCGGUGUGUACAGACGGGAAGGUGAACGGCCUCAGUGUAUGCUCAGUUAACACACCAGCGUGUCCAAGCGAAUGUUUUCACGCGUCACGUGGUAAACACGACAAUUUCUCGUUAAAAAGCUCUUAACCUGAAACGUUGCGUGAAACUACAGAGAGGAAGGAGAUAAAAGAAGGUUUAUUUUGCCAUUUGGAAACACAAUGCAGGUAUCCUCAGACGUAGAUACCUCGCGCAUUCUCGAGAAGGGACCCGAGUUCUUGCGCAAACAACUCGAUCUGGAGAGCGAGGGCAAGGCAGGUAUGACGGCCGCGGAGAGACUGGCAGCCAGCAAGCCCCGCUACGUCAAGAGCCAACAGGUGGUCAACUCCACGCAGGAGUCAGUGAUCUCCCUCAACGCGAGUUCUUUAAGUAGCAACGAUUCAUCAAACAGGAGUUCGAGCAGGAGUGGGGAUGUAAAUGCAAGGAAUGCAACCACCGGACAAAUCGUCUCAAUUCAGCCCUCGCCACCUGAGGAACCUAUUGCUGUGCGACGCAGCAGCUCAAAAAAACGUCCCGAUUCACUGUUACUGUACAGACAGAAAUGUGAACUGAUCCGGCGACCACCUGGGGACAGACACAAGCGAAUGCAGGCCCGUAAAAUGCUACUGAACUCCAUUAAGGACAACACGGAGACAGUGCCCGAGACCCAGGGGAAUGAACAAGAGCUAAAGGCGACAGAAGCCGAUGCGGGGAAGGGUGACUCAAAACAUUCAAAUCCUGCUCCCCCUGUUAGACAAUCUGGACAAAUCCGGCCUGUUCGAGUUGUGGACAUAUGCGCGCAGCAGGACACAGUUACCGGAGAUGGUCAGGAGCGGCCUCAGCAUAAGAGAGUGGCUGAGAUUGAGCGCAGGGCGCGCAAAGGAGUGGAACGCUCCCACUCUGACAUCAGCUCUCGGUACUCGAAAAACUUCGCUGAUUUCGACGCGUUCUUCACCUUCUGUGGACUCGAAGGCGACGUCGUCUCAUCCCUUGGGAAAGAGAACUUCUCUGCGCUUACUGACGAACUGGCGAACAAAAUUCGAAGCGUCAGCGUCAGCACUUCGGAUGACCGGUUCUCCCGGAGCAGCGGCGACAGCACCGGGCUGCAGGAAGAAGAGCUUUUGGAGAAUGUCCGCCAGGCCACGUCUGUCGUCGAACGCAACGCACGGAUAAUUAAGUGGCUAUACAGUUGCAGAAAUGCCUCGGAGUCUGGCAAAACUCUACGAGAUCUUGCUUGAGAAGGUUUUUAUUGCUCUUUCUCAGAUGUGCAUUUCAGAGGCCACUACUGCAUCUGACGCCAGAUAUGUACUAGACUAUAUUCUCCACAAUGGACAUUAUGUUGCAUAAACAAGGCCUAAAUGCUGUGUUCAGUAUUUGAUGUAAAGGCAUUUAUAUUUAAAAAAUAUAUAAAUAUAACCACUGGAUCUGGGAUUUAUAUUUGAACAGUAUAUCCCAAACAGUUACAUUACAAAAACAUAUUGAUGAUGAUGAUGAUAACAGAUGUUGACCAGAUAAUAGUAACAGAUGCGUGUUUGCACCUGUUUUCUCAGUGUUUUUGCUGCUCUGUUUGGUCAGGGCCUGUGGUAGUGAAACACCAGGGGCUUGCAUCCUGCCGGGAUUUAACAGUGUUUUGACGGGAGAUGCUUUACUGACACACACACACCCAUGUUCAGAAUUAAGGCAUUUCAGAAAAGGCCGCCUUUGGCAGCUAAAUUCUGGAAUCUCACAUGAUGGAAUGUAUCAUAUGGAGGACAAUCAACAUUCCUAGCCUGGAGUGUCAUAAAACUGCUGUCAGAUGUUUCAUGUUUGUUCUGUUACUGUGACCCAUAGGUAGCAUGCCUAAUAAGUGACUGUGUGUGCGCCUGUGCACUUUUGCUUAUCAAUAUUUUGUACUCCUUGUCAGAUGUGUCAACCCAAGUUAUCACUGCACAUUACUUACCUGUUGUACUAUUGUGAAAGGACUGUAUCUCUGAAGCAAAUGAUCUUAAGCCAUAAAGUAACCAUAGUCAGCCUGUUCACAACAUUACCACAUGAUCUGUUUGUAUUUAUUUGUGAUGAAAAUUGUUAUUUGUUCAUGAUGCCUGCCUAAGUAGUAUUCCAAGUAAUUCAGCAGCUCAUGACGAGAAGCUACGUUAACUUUCUGAAUAAGAUGAAGAGACAGAGGCUAUGUUUGAGCCAACUCACAGCCAAAGGUAGGCUGGGAGGAGCGAAGGGACUCGGAUCUCAUUCGGACUGUUAAGGAGAAGGCAUUUGCCUGGAAGCGGUUGCCAGAUCGUGUUCUAUGCUUUCUCAGAAUGAGGUGGGUGUUGUGGGCUGGGCCUUUAAGGGGUGUGUUGCCUUUGUGGUUGCCUGUGGAGUAGAUGACAUCACCAAGGUCAGUCACACCUUGUGGAUAUUCCUGCUGGGUUUGAGAUGCGUACUUUAAUCCCAUUGGAUCUCAUUGGAUAAAGAACUAAUGAUGGACUGUGGACAAUGGAUCCUAAAUACCUUCAUUUUCAAUCCUGAAUGUGGAAUCCAGGGUUAGAAAAGAGUACUUGUAUCUCCUGACCUGAGAGUCAUUAAACUGCUUCCAUUACUCUUUAAGGGUCCAUAAAAUCAAGCUCAAGCAGUGUUUUUAUUUACAAACAAGAAUAGGAUGCUUUGUUCAUUAUUUUGCCUUGGUUGAGUUCUUGUUGCUGAUUUGUGUGUGAGCGUGUGUUAGGGGCUUCUGUUACUGUUGUGUGAAGAAGAGAAUAGGCAGGAGAGGACAUCGCACUGACGCAGGAUAACGAGAGGAAAUGGACACAGCCAGCGUCAAAGCCAUUGCAAAUCUCCGAUUGGAUGGAGGGGUGUUGUCAAAGCUAAACUUUACUUUAAAUCUAAGUUGACACCCACUGUCCAUUUGUUUUGCAGUCAUUCAGUAGUCUAUAUCUACAGAAACAGCUCUAACACUAGUAACACACUCAGAAUCACAUGUCUGUCUGUGGAAUACCAAAGUCAGGGAGAGUUUGGACCUGCGGAACAGCUCAGGAAUGAUUUCUGAGACAAAAACCCCAACACUCCAACCCCAGGCUCACAAUCAGUCUUUUGUGUCAGUGUACUCAGACAUAUGCCGACAUGCAGACACACACACAUGCACACACACACACACACACACACACACACACACACUCACAUGUACAUGCUCCUUUGUGGCUGACAGUAGCAGGAUAUCUGGGCGAGUCUCAUCCUGUCCCUCACUGUUCCUGCAGGCGAUUCCUGCAUAUGUGUGUCAGAACAAUUCGGCAGAAAGAAAACAACACCUUGUCCUAUUGGAGACAAACGUGCCUAGGCAAAUCCCCGUAAAUCUCUCUGCCCAACUAAAGUGACUCUGAUUGACAUUAGGGUAGAGGAAGCAUUUGAAUAUCUGUGAGCACUUGUAGGUACUUUGAUAUUCCCUCUACAUGUACAUUGCUCUGAUGUUGCUUGACCACUAGAUGGCGAUGUCUUACUUGUGCAAAGAGGGUUUCUGUCAGUCAGGGAAGAGCUUAGCAGUACUCUCAGAAUCCCCAUCUUGAAAUGUUUUUCAUUGCUGUCUUUCACUUGGCCAUGAUGAAUUAGAGACAGAGCCAACGAGUCUCUUUGAAGCCACUGAAACAUCAAAACAAUUCAGUUAUACCUCAAAGGGGCUCUUUUGCUGUGGAAACAUAUCUGAGUUUGAUCAGAGUCACUGACAGGGAGAAGGUCUGACAUUCUACUGAAUCAACUAUGUCAUUAAGUUGUCAUAAUAUGCAAGUUCACAAUGAAGGCAGUUUCACUGGGAGGCUUAAAGAGACAUACCACAGGACGUGCAGUGCUGGGUGGAACUCCCUGAAAGACUGGAAGACUCCCUGAUGGAAAACUUUUCCACAGCCAUGACCUGACCUCUGUCACGCUGCAAGCUCUGAAACAUACAGAUGACAAGUGCAGGCAGGCAGGCGUGCGUGCGUUUGGGAUGUGGUAACGUGACCCGCUGAGACGAUAAUCGCCGCAGAUCAGCAGCCAGAGAGCUCCUUCACUCUCGUCUUCCACGGAGGGAGAAAAGAGGUCAUGCCCUGUCAUUUCUCCAGGACUGCUCUGCACAUGUGCACACAGAGCACAUGCAUUCAUACCAUUUCUACUGUAUCCAUAGAACAUGAUACAGUGACACGUCAUUGUAUAUUUUAGUGAUAUGAAGAGUUCUUGAGUGUAGUGUGUGUUCAUGUAAAUGUGUUAAACACACAGUGUAAACAACACUAAGAUUUCCAUGCUGUUGCUGUGUGUCAUGGAUCAAGUUGACCAUGUUUAAAUGAGAUGAAUUCCAGGGUCCAGUAAUUGUAUUACUUUGCUAUGUCUAUGGGCAAAUAUGUUACAGUAUCAUAUAUUAAAUGUAGCUUAAAUAACUGUA